CUUGCAGUAAGUGCUCAGGAGGCUCCAGCUCAUUCAGCUGCCUUUGUGAACGCCACCGCUGUGUACAAAAUUCCUGGAACAUUCAAUAACGUUUAUCAUUAAGCAUCCACCAUCCAGCGUAUUGCGUGUGCUCCACUUCAAAUUCAUCAUGCAUCCCGCUUCAAAUUUAACAGCUUUUUUUAUUUUAAGUAUUUUUCUGCUUGCUGGUAUGAUAGAAACAACAGCAGGUCAGGUAAAUUACACCGAACAAGAUUUGGAUGUAAUCUGCAUGGAAACCUCUAUGCACAUUGUGCUGAAAGAAUCUGUGCUGGAAGAACAUCAGCUAAGGAUUGCCAAUUCCAACUGCACUCUGUUCUCAAACGGGACUCACCUGUUAGCCAACAUGUCCCUCGAUGAAUGCGGCACUGAAAUGGAGGAUGAUGGAGAAUAUCUCAUCUUUUCCAAUGCUAUUGUGUCCUAUAAUGAUACCAGUGCUGUCAUAGUCAGGCAUCCUUUGGUGGAUAUUGAAUUUUCUUGCAAGUAUCCCAAACGGAGUAACCUGACUAUUGAAUUCAAUGGUCACAGGCCACCAAUCAGUUUCACGCAGAAAGGCUUUGGUAAGUUCACAUUGCAGUUUGAAUUCUUCAAGUCAGAAUUCUACAGUCAAGCAGAGGACCCAGAGUCCUUCCCUCUGGAGUUCGACCUGGGAGAGAUGAUGUACAUGCAGAUCAACUCCAUCUCUUUUAUUCCCAACACCAAGUUGCGGGCACUCGAUUGCACCGCUGCUCCUACUGAUCUUCCUGCCGAUCAACGCAAAUAUCAGAUUCUUAAAAAUGGAUGUGAAGUGGAUGAGACUGUGCAGAUCUAUACCAAUGGCAAUGACUUAAAGGUCCAGUUUGCAAUGGAGGCUUUCAAGUUUAUCGGCCUCUAUGACCAGGUGUUCAUCACCUGCUCCACCAUCCUCUGUAAGGCCGGCAUAGCGGGCAGCACCUGCUCUCAGAUCUGCCCUGCAUUACGUCCCAGGAGGGAAGCUCCCAGCCUGACUGAUGAUAACUUUAUCCCUACUGAGGAGAAUGAGAGCGAGCAUUCUCUCCUGCCCGUUGGCCAGGUUACCCACUUCACUGAGCUCCAAAGGAGCAAGAGGGACGCCCCCCUCGAGACCUCACGUCACUUCAUCUCCCAGGGUCCCGUCCGGAUUAGGCCCCAGCGAGCAAUUGCAAGUGUGCCCGAUCAAGUGGCCCAAAACUUGGACCCAAACCUAGAGAUGUUCUUUGGAGCUUUCCUGGUAGCUGUUGCCAUGGUUUGUGGAGUGGUGAUCUACAGAACCAGGAAGGCUACAUAUCAAAGGAUGGUUUAAAAAGGUCAUUUUUGUUUAUAAAUUGCUACCAUAAAUGGGAGAAACAAAAAAACUUGUUACAACUGGUUGAUUUGCAAGGUAUGCCAGUUUAAGUCAUGACUAAGAUGCUCUCUAAUUCUCAUUGGCUUUGCUUUAACCCUCUGUUGUUUAUGUUAUCUGAACUGUAAGUCUUUCUAAGUCUGACAAAUAGAAGAGUGUAGUUAUCUGCCAAAAUUAGCCUCAACAUUAUGAACUUAAUGUUAAAUGAAUGAUUUUGAAUUGAGUUGGAUUUUUAUCAAAUAUAACAUUAUGUUUACACUGAUCAAGGUGUCGGGUAUUUACCAUUAUAUAUCAGGUCAUCUAUUAUGAUAUGAUAUGAUAUUUACAAUAAUUUACAGUAUGUGGUUGGGUAAAGAAAGGCUAAAUUAUCAUUAAAUCAAUUACUUUUACAUUGUGAUGGUGAAAUAAAAUAACUGGAAACUUGGA